UUAGGGCCGCUAAGGGGGAAGGAGGCUGCCCACUGUGGAAGGUCAAGGGGCUUUCUACGCACAAUCAGUUGGCGCCUUCUCGCUGCCCGCACACCCUGAGCUGCGGUUCAUUUUUUUAUUUUUAUUUUGUAACGUCGUGGUGUAUUCCCUCUAUCAGUGGCUUUGGCUUGCAUAGCGGAGGGAAGAAUGAGAUAUGGGCAGCUGAUCUCCAGGGAGUGAGCAGAGCGUGUCUUGGAGGUUGUAUUCGGCAUGGCACUGGAGAGUGCGUCGCUCCUGAAAGCAGGGCUUGUGUUGUUGAUGGCAGCCCAAGUCCUUCCUUCGGUGUCUGGCUGCAGCAGGGGCGUGUACGGGAGGGUUAUCAAUGAUCUCUGCUUAGCUAAGUUCAAAUUCGACAUGGGAGGACUGGACCAAGGCCUGUGGUGCAGCUGGCCCGACACAAUGGAGAUAUAUGAGGGACUAACGAACUGCACCUACCAAGUGGCCUUGAGGAUGGACUGCUUCUGGCCCAACCAGAUAGUCGACCGCGUCUUCAUGCACAUUCAUCGGGCCUACUUCCACGACUGUGCUCUGACCGGCCGCCUCCUCCACGACCCACCGAUCAGCGUCCUCGCCCCGUUCAUCACGGUGCCGGUGCUGGUCACCCUGCUCAUGACCGCUGUGGUGGUGUGGAGAAGUAAACGCACAGAGGGGGUUUUAUAGGGACUCUUUGUGUGCUGGAUGCUUGGGGCUGCAAAUGGACUCUCUGUGUUAGGUGUGAAGCUGUGUUAUUCCAAUAUGUUCAUACGAAUUUGAGUGUAUUUAAGCUGAAAUUAAACAAUGCAUACCUCGUGAAAAAACUGUUUGACUGCGCCUGAAUUUGACCUUAAACCAAUAAUAUGCAAUAAAUGCUUUGUUUGAUAUGAAAA